GAGAUUGUUCUUUUUAUAUUUUACUUAAAGCUUCCAAAAUUAAUCCGGAUCUAUCCGAUUCAGGUUGUUCCAAAACAUCCUUAUUUUGACAUAUAUUUGUCAAUAUAUAUUGUUUAGGAUGCUUUUGUGAGCAAGAAAAAACAUAGCAGAGAGAGAGAGAGAGAGAGAGCAUGGGGUGUGCUACAUCUACUAAUGUUGUUGUGGGAAGGAAGAACAAGAAGAGGAUCAUUCAAGAAUCUGUAGUGUUUGUUCUGCAGUUCCGUGUUCCUGUUCAAUCUGAUCUUCAGCGCCAACUCAAAGGCGUUGCUCCCAAGACAACCAUCGAUCGGUUGACAUGUCUAAGGAAUCAGAUUGAGUUGGUAGCUGAGGACACAGGGGGUUCUGCCAUCUCUGAGUUGCGUACAGCUUUGGAGGAGUACUUGUCUCUUCUAACCGGUCUUAUCAAGAAAAGUUUGGAGAAUGAUGGAAUGGAGGGCUGCGUGGAGUUCAAAUGGAGGACCCUUGGAGAUGGUCCACGAGCAGAGAUAUGUUGCACAAACCUUUGGAUGGAGAUGUUGAUAGUGAUCCACAUGAUGGCUGCUUUGGCAUUGACUGAAGCUAACUCUCUCAUGAUUCCAAAGGAUUGCUAUGCUUCUGGUUCUGGCAAUGGCGUCCGUGUGGUCUCCACUGAUUGCAGGAGAGAUGCGGUUGACUUGCUGCUCAAGGCGUCUGGAUACUUGGACUUCUGCGUCCGAGAGAUUCUGACUCAAGUUCCUCCUGAUAUAAAGAGUAAAUUGCCAGAUGAUAUGCAGGAAAGCGUAUUACAAACUCUCGCUAUCCAAGCACUUGGCCAGGGAACUGAGAUUCAACUCGGAUUGGCAGUUGAUAGCCAGAAAGCAACACUGUCUGUGAAGAGGAGAAUUGCAUGUGAGCAAGUCAUCUACUUCACUCAGGCAUAUCACUGCUUAUCUAGUUGUGAAGCAGUUAGCCAUGGAUGUGCCAAGAAGCUUCUCCGGUUUAUCUACUGGAAGUUUCUGGAAGCAAAGGCUGCGGCAUACUACUACCAUGGACUGGUAACAGACAAAGGAACUGAGCCGGCUUGUCACGUGAGUGCGGUGUGCUGUUUCCUGGCAGCUGCAGAGAUCCUAGGAGAAAGCAAGAAAGCCGGUCUUAGCUUCUGCUUAGCUCCUCCUGUCACAAGAGCUCCUCCUAUGUGGGGUGUUAUGAAGCAUUUGAGCCAGAAGAUUCCAGAAGUUGCUUUUAGAAAGUCUCAGACAUAUGGAUACUUGCUUGAAGAAGAAGAGAAGGCUAUGCAGUGUUUGCCAGAGCUUCCAGACUUUCAGUUGUCACUGAGACCAGACGAUUUUGAACUGCCUGAAAUGGCAGGAUGUCUCUCCCGCAUGAAAUCAGACUCAUUUGCUUAGAGAACAUCUUGACUAGUACUUCUCUGAGAAUCAUGAUGAUAGUGACCUUGAUCGUUGAGCAAAAAGCAACUCUCUACACAUAUUCUUUGAGUAUUUUACCACUUAUAAUUGUAAUGUAAUAUUUUGUAUUCUUCUCAGACAAAAUCUGAUACUUUUACUUGAGUAUAGUGUGAGUGACUACUUAUUUUCUUUGAUAAGAAAUUUGGAAGGAAAAAGAAAUAAAAGAUGCUAUGUUGGAGAAUAAAAUGGUUGUUAUGUG